CUGGUGGGACUGCCGUGCGGCUCCGCUUGGUUUGCGCUGUCCACCGCACUUCUUGUAUUUGUUUCUGUGAGGCACUGGACACUUCACACGACUCAAGCAAUUUACGGAGAAACUACCCUGUCGGUUUUGUGGAAAGAGCGUAAGGACAAGCGUUGCGAAUGAAGAGACAUGGUUUUUAGGAAGAGAAGAGGGACUGCCUGGCUGUCCUUACUUCCAACCAGCUUUAAAGCUAACGUUACUUUGAUGCAGCCGCUUAGCUAACAAGCUAGCUGAGAAUGUUUUUAGAAACUAGCCAGUUUGUUAGCAUGCUAGCUAGCUAAAUCGGACGGAUGAAUUAGCUGUAUAGAUUUAGCAAACAGUUAUGAUACUUUUAUCUUUCGAUACAUUAAGGCAAACAAUUGUGGAAACGUCUCAGGCUGGGUAUGUUGAAUGUUUCGGGCUCCAGUGACCGCUUGGUUGCUAAUUUCCAGUAGGGACAAUAGUUAACUGUCCAGGCAACAAGUCUUGCACACACGCUAUUUUAACGUUACUCAAGUUUGUACUAAUUGUGUGCAGUGUUGUUACUUGUUACCGCUUGGUUUUCGUUGAACUACAUGCUGUGGCAAAAGAGCGUUUUGAGCAAAUUAAAUGUCAUGUACAAAGGAAAGUGGGGUGCCACUUCAACGUUAACGUUCGACCCCAGUUUUUAAGUGGAUCGGGUCACUGUCGUAUUGCAGAAACUGAUGUCAGUUAGUCGAUACAACUAUUGAAGAGGAGACGAGGUGGAUGAACAUUAUAAAUCGCCCACAUGCUUUGGAUCAGUUCCCGGACUUGUGAAAGGCAUCUGAAGCAGAAGGUGGGAGACGUGAGCGCACAACCCUUGCAGCCCGGGGGAAGAUGGCGGAGCGAUCCCGAAGGAGGUGGUGAGACCAAAACUUGGGGACUUCGUGGAUUUAUCACCAGACAUCUUAUCCCAGAUCGUAGGACACAUGCAGGCCAAAAAACGGUACUUAACCCUGUUCUCCGCCGGUGCGUGUCUCAUUCUGUUGUUUUGUUUUGGGGGGAUACAAGUCCCGCUCUCCAGACGGGGUCCCAGCCGGCGUGAUGACCGCAGCCUCACCGGUUAUCAUCCCGGGGCGCGGUGGCGUCGCUUCCCGGGAUCCCUGCAGCCUUUCAGCUCCUGGGAGCGAGACCGGAGCGAUGAUCACAAUGAACACAUAUCUCCGAGACAGAAGAGGGACGCCAACUCAGGCGUUUACACUGGAAAACGCUGCAGAAUGAAUUCCUGCUUUGAUUUCUCUCUGUGUGAGAGGAAUGGAUUUAAAGUUUACGUCUACCCCCAGCAGAAAGGGGAGAAGAUGUCAGAGAGUUAUCAGAAUAUCUUGUCCUCUAUUGAAGGAUCCAGGUUCUACACUCCUGACCCAGGACAGGCAUGCCUGUUUGUCCUGAGUUUGGACACUCUGGACCGGGACCAGCUUUCGCCCCAGUAUGUGCACAACUUGAAAGCAAAAAUCCAGAGCCUUCCUCUGUGGAAUGGGGGCAAAAACCACAUAAUCUUCAAUUUAUACUCUGGCACCUGGCCAGACUACACAGAAGACCUUGGCUUUGACAUCGGCCUUGCCAUGUUGGCUAAGGCCAGCAUCAGCACAGAGAACUUUAGGCCAAACUUUGAUGUUUCAAUCCCUCUUUUUUCCAAAGACCACCCUAGGACAGGAGGGGAAAGGGGCUACCUGAAACAUAACACCAUUCCCCCUUAUAGGAAGUACAUGCUUGUGUUUAAGGGGAAAAGGUACCUUACUGGAAUAGGUUCAGACACUAGGAAUGCUUUGUAUCAUGUUCAUAACUCAGAGGAUGUGGUCCUCCUCACCACCUGUAAACAUGGGAAGGACUGGCAGAAGCACAAGGAUGCCCGCUGUGACAAAGACAACGCAGAGUACGACAAGUAUGACUACAGAGAGAUGCUGUACAACUCCACGUUCUGUCUGGUGCCUCGAGGACGGCGGCUGGGUUCCUUUCGCUUCUUAGAGGCUCUGCAGGCAGCUUGCGUGCCGGUGAUGCUGAGUAAUGGGUGGGAGCUUCCCUUCUCAGAGAUCAUCAACUGGAAUACAGCAGCUGUGAUUGGGGACGAAAGACUGCUAUUACAGAUCCCCUCAACAGUGCGCUCCAUCCACCAGGAUCAGAUCCUGUCCCUGAGACAGCAGACCCAGUUCCUAUGGGAGGCUUAUUUCAACUCUGUGGAGAAGAUAGUACUGACCACACUGGAGAUCAUCCAGGACCGGGUACUGCAGCACACCUCCAGGAGUAACCUCAUGUGGAACAGUCUGCCUGGAGGCCUUUUCACCCUGCCUCAGUACUCUACAUACCUGGGAGAAUUCCCCUUCUACUACUCUAAGCUGGGUAUUAAGCCCUACCCCAAGUUUACAGCGAUCAUUCAUGUGGUGACCCCACUGGUCUCGCAGUCCCAGCCAGUCAUGAAGCUGCUUGUGGCUGUGGCCAAAUCCCAGUACUGUGCUCAGGUGAUAGUUCUGUGGAACUGUGACAAGCUUCUUCCUGCCAAGCACCGCUGGCCUCCGACCUCAGUCCCAGUCAUUGUUAUAGAGGGCGAAAGCAAGGUGAUAAGCAGUCGUUUUCUGCCCUACGACACUAUCCCCACUGAUGCUGUGCUCAGUCUGGAUGAGGACACCGUGCUCUCCACUACAGAGGUGGACUUUGCCUUCACAGUGUGGCAGAGUUUCCCAGACCGCAUUGUUGGUUACCCAGCCCGCAGUCACUUUUGGGACAGCAACAAGGAGCGAUGGGGCUACACUUCCAAAUGGACCAACGACUACUCCAUGGUGCUGACUGGGGCUGCCAUCUAUCACAAAUUCUACCACUACCUGUAUACCACCUACCUUCCAGCCAGUCUGAAGACCAUGGUUGACCAGAUGUCCAACUGCGAGGACAUUCUGAUGAAUUUUCUGGUGUCCUCGGUCUCUAAACUACCACCAAUCAAGGUCACCCAGAAGAAACAAUACAAGGAGACUAUGAUGGGACAGAGCUCCCGGGCGUCUCGCUGGGCUGACCCGGACCAUUUUGCCCAGCGUCAGACCUGCAUGAACAAGUUUGCCAGCUGGUUUGGCACGAUGCCCCUGGUCCACUCUCAGAUGAGGCUGGACCCAGUCCUUUUCAAAGACCAGGUGUCCAUACUGCGCAAGAAGUACAGGGACAUUGAAAGGCUAUAACCCUCCGGAGCCCCCCGCUCCCUGGACACAACAAAGACAGAGCGAGGGGGCAGACACAUAGAGAAACUCAGAGUCUUUCCAUGAUUGCAUGGCUGGAUCAGUGGUGAAGUAAAAGGAAUGGGGUGAAGGAGGGGAGAGGAGGAAAAGAAACUAGAACAGAAGUGGAGGACACCACAUUUAUUGGUCUCCUCAGUUGUGUCCUCCUCCAUUUCUCCUUUCCACCCUUUCUCUUAUGUGUAUUGGGUGUUGGUAGUGUAUAUACACUAUGACUAACACCAGCUGAAGGACACCUGAGGACUUUAAAACUGUCCAACUUUGAACAGAAGCGGACAAAGUCACAGAGCUGGAAAUCAUAGCUUGCUGCUUCAGUGUCCCGACAGUGGCAAACCACUCCCAACUCCAACCCGCUCAAAAAUCCUGUUCCGCUCUGUACACUCUGCACAGGUUCCUGAAAGUUUUUUCUGACAGAAUAUUAUUGAUACUUAUGACUGUGAAGAGGAUAACACUAUUUUGGAUUGUGUUUAGCUAUUUUUUUCAUACAGUGAAUGAAUGGCCAGCACUACUCUCUCUGUAUUGUCUUAAUUAAAACCAAUAGCAGGGUGGGUGAGGAGAGGAAUGACGGCCCCUCAACCACAGAUGAGUGAUGAUCAUUAAUAUUCACAGUGCCUCAAGUUUAUCUAAUGGCGAUGGGAUCUGGGUGUCUGAGAAAAAGACAUAGUACAGGAUGAGCACCUUGAUCUUGCUGCUUUCUGUUUUAUGUUUUGUUUUGUUUUUCUGUUUUGUUUUUUUUUUUAUUUGUGAUUUUGUUUUAUAAUCGAUUGAAUAAUGGAUCUAAUGGUAAAUUUUUCAGGUCAGCAUUCACAGUUAUUCCUCACAGAAGUAUACUGAAAAUUGGUUUUUGUCAACUGACGAACACAAUUGUCAUAAUGUGCCAUUCUGAACAUUUUCCUGGUAAAACUACAGCAGUCCUGCAUAACUAACUAGAUUUCAUCAAAUUUACUGGUGGAACUGAUUUAAAAUUCAGACAAAAUUCCAUGGAAUUCUGUUUUCACUUUAGCAAGAAGUCUUCAUCAUGUCUGUUUUUUCAUUUUAAAGGUUUAUAUGAUGAGCUAGAACGGUACUUGAAUGUGUGCUGGCCUGAAGAACAAUAGAGAAUCAUAAGAAUUGCCUUGGUAAGGCAGGCUGAGCUUGAACAUUGAGCCAACCAAUGGUCUGUUUGAAACACAAACCACUGUGAAAACUAGGGAAUGGAUCUUUUUGGGCUUGGUUAGCAGGAGAUAUUUAUAUACGGCUGUUGACUCUAUGCCAUAGACCCCAUUUAAUUUUGUCCAGUGACAGGUUUGGCAGUAGCCCAGGCUGACAGGUACUUGACAUGGGCAAACACUGCUUUCAUCAAGGAGCAUCAAACAGUGUUUGAUGCCGUCAGAGUUGGCCUCAUACUUUAUAGACUACUGUAUUUUUUCCACUUGUUAUUCACAAAUGCGACCAGAUUAACAAGAAUUCUCACCAAACGUUUGUGAUGCUGUUAAAAGGAAUGUGGAAGACAUUGGCAACUUUGGGGACAUAUGCUCUAUUAUGUGAUUAUUUUCAUUUGCGGUAUUUCUUCAGCACAAACGCAUACAUUUAGAAGCCUUUCAAUUUCCUGUAUAUAUGCAGAAUGCCAAUUUGUAUCUCUGAUAAUCACAGCUUUAAACAGCCAUUCAUCUCUGAGAGAUUCAGAUUGUGCUUUUGUGCUUGGGCCACAUUCAAGAGGCAAACUGUAGUACCCGGAUGUUCAAGUAUGUUCCAUGACACAGUAUGUCUCAUAAAUGGCAUCUUGAUCUCUUUCUGUAUGUUACUCUUCUCAAUCUGUGACAUGCAUCUCAUUUACUGCCAAUCUAUAAUGAAUGCUGAGUGUCAGUGGAACAUGAAAUUGUUUUGUUUUUUGUUUUUUGCAGAUUGGUCAAUGGGCUAAUUGAUUUAAACAAUUUCUAAGUGUUUGGUUCCAUUAACAGUCACACUUCAUUUUAGUUUUGCCUUGAUGUGUCAUAUCAGAUUAUCUAAAAAUGUUAACGUGAUCUGAUGAAUCUAGAAUGUGCACCCAUGUUUUUAAAUCACUGUGCAUCAUCAACACAAAGUUUAUCAGCCCAUGAAGUAUCCUCAUAAAGCCAGCAACAUUUCUAUAGAAACCUACCCACACCUGCCCUGAGUUUGUGGAAGAUAAAUGAUCAUUUUGGGAAGUUUCACCGCUCUGUACCCUUCACCCCAAUAUGUGCCAAUAAAUCAUACAUGAUUUUGUUUUUCAUAUUUUUUCAUCUGAUAUGAGGAAUGCCAUGCAUUCCCAUAUUUAUUUGGUUCAAUAAAAGUAUAUUCUGUCUGUACAAGAAAUUAACGAGUGAGAACAAGAGGGGAGGAAGGAAGGAAGGGAGGAGUGUAUGUGUGAGAGACUGAGAAAUCAACAGAAUGGUGCUGCAUGGUGUGCUAUCAGCUCGACGGCAAAGAAACAAUCUGAGUAUUACUGAACACGGCACUAUCGAGACAAAUGAAUAUGGUCGUAAACAGAAUCACACUUCAGAAAUGAACUUGGUGCAAUAUUUAAGAUGACAUUUUCUCUCUUUUUGUUUUCCCAUUGCUUGUGUUGUUGUUCAGAGGGCAGGGGGUUCUAUAUUGAUGUGCCUUCAGAAGAAAUACACUUUAGUCUUUUUCCCCAUCUGCCUUGUGCAAGUAACUGGUCCCUGCUUUCAUGUCAUAGUUGGUUAUUUUUGGUUUACUUUAUCAAACUCCAGUAACACAUAAUGGCUCCCUAAAUGUUAUUGUUUAACACUGGAAUUCUACAAAGACUUAUCACCACACAUCUUAUACUGACAUUCCUGCCUUUUCUGUCGUAGGAACUUUUUUUAACAUGUACUGCCUUGUAUUACUAUACUUGUGAGGACCCAAUAGAGGCCCCCUCUUUCUGGUUGUCACAAGUGUAGUAGUACAUGUAACACACACAUAAUUCUCCCAUACACAGUAUUUAUCAGACAGGAUUGUGUCUUUAAUGAAUCUCUGCCUGCUUCCUUCACUCUCUUCCGUAACUGCAGACCUAAUUUUAUAGAGAUUAAAAUGGAAAGAUGGAGGAAAAAUCACAAUUUUGUAAAAGAAUUUUAUAAAAACAAAACAAAAAAAAUAAAAUGUUU